AUGCAUAAAGAGACAGAAAGCUGCCCAGAUGGCACAUGCUCCACUUUGUGUGAGGGUGGAUUUUGGUGGAUCCUCAACACAGAUCUGUUUGUCUGUAUUUGAGCCGGAAAUACACAGUUUCUGCCGUCUUGGCAGAAUAUUUGUGACUUACAAUGCUCUGAGGAACACCUGGCAUUGUGCUUGUGCAAAGCCACGAAUAUCAUGUCCUCAUAAAAACAUAGCUAAAUGGCAUCUCUUCCAGACACAGAGAGACAUCUUCAAAUCAACUGUACCACUAUCAUCAAGCACCCCAUCACAGAUGACUCAGGAGAGUUCUUCCUUUGAGGACAAUGCUGCCGUCGAAAGGAGUAUACGCUAUAUUUUUAAAGAGAAAAAAAUUCCUGGAUCUCUUCCAGAAAAUGUCAUCUCACAGAAAAUGGAUCAUCAGAAACAGCUCUUUCCAUGUGAAACGUUGUGCCAGGUGUGCCCAGAGCACCCAAAACUUGAUGAGGCUGUUCUAGUUACCAAUAAAGCGAGGAUUGUCAGCAUGAUGGGAGUGACUGAGAAUCGUGUCCUCAGUGCCACAUGGUCUACAGAUACCAGGAGUGGACAGAUGGGCUUCACAACUUUGACAACCACGUUGUUUUGGCUCUUGAACUCUGCCUUUUUCUGAGAGAAAAUCUGCAGAACCAUGUAUCCGCUUCAGGGGUCAUUGACUCAUCGGAGGGCUUAAGAAGAGUGAAGUUUCCUUCUAGGGAUAUCAUUUUUCAUGCUUAUUGCCAUUUUGAGGCUUUGACUGACGCAGAAUACAUGUACUCCUGCAUAAACUGUGGGUUUCACCCCCCUGUGGUAGUUAUGGACUUACACAGAAAAGGGGUGUUCAAGUUAGCAGUGAGUGACCUCAAAGCCCCGGAAGACUUCAAUGGUGAACGUGACAUUGAAGGUUUUUGGAACUCUAUUCACCUGGAAAUGAUAAGCCGUGGGUUUUUUCCAAGCGGCGUGAAGAAUCCAUUUUCAGUUCCACCAAGUUACACGCACUGGGCACCAUGGAUCGGGAGUGAAACUCGAACAAGUGACAUUGUGCUUAACACAGAGUUUCAAAAAGUAGGAACAAGCUCUUCACAUGAAGCAAAGCUUAGCAGUGUCACAGAAGACCGUCUGUUGGAUGAACUCGCCAAACAAAAGGUUGGAGUGGUGAGAAAAUUGUGUAAAGCCUGCAACAUCGACUCCAAAGGCUCCCGCUUUGAUCUCAUCACCAGACUGAGGGAGAAGAUGAAGAGCAGGCAGACAUAUGAUAAGGUCUUUCAAAGCAUAUGGGCUGCCUCUGGAGGAUGGUCUGUAAUACUAUGUCCACAUGGCAUUGUAUACAGUGUUAAAUUUAAUCUUCGUGCUGAAAGUCCCCAGGAUUUUGCUGACCUUCUCCUGUCCUGGAAGCACAUGCCAAACGUCUGUGUUUACGAUUUUGCGAGGGGUUUGGCGGCACACACCAAUUUGCGGGUUCCUGAUAAACUGCCAUUUCAUCCACAUGAAGGUCGACUGGCUGAGCCCACUGAGGAAAAUGUCAAGGCUGCACAGGAUGGAAGCCUGAAAGUGAAUCUUCCAUGGCUACAUGAAAGGAUGGACGGUGUAAAUGAAAAUCCUCAUCCUGUCACUGGAUCAUCUGACCAUUAUGUCCUGUAUGACAUACUUCAUGAGGGAAAUACAAAAGAUCCCAAGGACAUAUUACGCAGAAUUCAACUUGUCCCAGAGCUGAAAGGCUGGCUGAACAGUCAAGUUGUUGAACAGUUCUUUGCAAACAUGAGGAAAAGCAAUUACUUUUUAAGUAAUACGAGUCCAUCCACACAUGUGUUUCUGAUGAGAAAUAUAACUCAUCAUUAUAACACUGUCACCAACAAGAAACUUCUGGAGAGGCAGCUAAGACAUGGUCGACUUGGAAAGAUCAAUAUCUCAUUGUCGGCACUGGGGCAAGCUGUCGUAGCCCCACAGGUGUGCAAUAAACUCAGAGAAACCACAGAAACGGUGUUGAACCCAGCACCUUCAAUAACCUCAGGAAAGAGUUGACAACAAGAAAGCCAAUAGAAGGUCAACAGAUGCAACUUUUCCUGACCUGUGUGGACCACCGUGUGAAGCUCUGACAAAGCCUGAGAACAUUUUGGCCAGCCGUUCAUCAUGGUGUUUUGUA